CUCCGCCUCCGCCAGUCGGCUCGGCGAUCUAGUGCGCGGCGUGGAGCGGGAGCCCGGGCCGGACGCGCGGCCGGGGGCCGGGGCUGGGGGCUGGGUAGAUCGGCGCCAGCCACCGGGCAAGCCUGAGCCGCAAUGGCUGAGAUGGGCAGCAAGGGGGUGACGGCGGGAAAGAUCGCCAGCAACGUGCAGAAGAAGCUCACUCGCGCGCAGGAGAAGGUCCUCCAGAAGCUGGGGAAGGCGGAUGAGACCAAGGAUGAGCAGUUUGAACAGUGUGUCCAGAAUUUCAACAAGCAGCUGACGGAGGGCACCCGGCUGCAGAAGGAUCUCCGGACCUACCUGGCCUCGGUCAAAGCCAUGCAUGAGGCCUCCAAGAAGCUGAACGAGUGCCUGCAGGAGGUGUACGAGCCUGACUGGCCUGGCAGGGAUGAGGCGAACAAGAUUGCUGAGAACAAUGACCUGCUCUGGGUGGAUUACCACCAGAAGCUGGUGGACCAGGCGCUGCUGACCAUGGACACGUACCUGGGCCAGUUCCCUGACAUCAAGUCACGCAUCGCCAAGCGCGGGCGGAAGCUGGUGGACUUCGACAGUGCCCGGCACCAUUACGAGUCCCUCCAAACGGCCAAAAAGAAGGAUGAAGCCAAAAUUGCUAAGCCUGUCUCGCUGCUUGAGAAAGCCGCCCCCCAGUGGUGCCAAGGCAAACUGCAGGCUCAUCUCGUAGCUCAAACUAACCUGCUCCGAAAUCAGGCCGAGGAGGAGCUCAUCAAAGCCCAGAAGGUGUUUGAGGAGAUGAAUGUGGAUCUGCAGGAGGAGCUGCCGUCCCUGUGGAACAGCCGUGUGGGUUUCUAUGUCAACACGUUUCAGAGCAUCGCAGGCCUGGAGGAGAACUUCCACAAGGAGAUGAGUAAGCUCAACCAGAACCUCAGCGACGUGCUGGUCAGCCUGGAGAAGCAGCACGGGAGCAACACCUUCACCAUCAAGGCCCAGCCCAGGCCUCCGCGUCCCGCCCGUCCCCACAGAAAGAAAACUAAACUGUUCUCCCGGCUGCGCAGAAAGAAGAACAGUGACAACGCCCCUGCGAAAGGGAACAAGAGCCCCUCUCCGCCUGAUGGCUCCCCUGCCGCCACCCCCGAGAUCAGAGUCAACCACGAGCCCGAGCCGGCUGGUGCGGCCACCCCCGGGGCCGCCCUCCCCAAAUCCCCGUCUCAGCUCCGGAAAGGCCCACCAGUCCCUCCGCCUCCCAAACACACCCCGUCCAAGGAGGUCAAGCAGGAGCAGAUCCUCAGCCUGUUUGAGGACACGUUUGUCCCUGAGAUCAGCGUGACCACCCCCUCCCAGUUUGAGGCCCCGGGGCCUUUCUCGGAGCAGGCCAGUCUGCUGGACCUGGACUUUGACCCCCUCCCACCUGUGGCAAGCCCUGUGAAGGCGCCCACGCCCUCUGGUCAGUCAAUUCCGUGGGACCUCUGGGAGCCCACAGAGAGUCCAGUUGGCAGCCUGCCUUCCAGGGAGCCCAGCGCUGCCGAGGGCAGCUUUGCCGUGGCCUGGCCCAGCCAGACGGCCGAGCCGGGGCCUGCCCAACCAGCAGAGGCCUCGGAGGUGGCGUGUGGGACCCACCCUGCGGCUGGAGCCCAGGAGCCCGGGGAGACAGCAGCAAGUGAAGCAGCCUCCAGCUCUCUCCCCGCGGUGGUGGUGGAGACCUUCUCGGCAACUGUGAACGGCACGGUGGAGGGCGGCAGCGGGGCAGGGCGCCUGGACCUGCCCCCGGGGUUCAUGUUCAAGGUGCAGGCCCAGCACGACUACACGGCCACGGACACGGACGAGCUGCAGCUCAAAGCUGGGGACGUGGUGCUGGUCAUCCCCUUCCAGAACCCGGAGGAGCAGGAUGAAGGCUGGCUCAUGGGCGUGAAGGAGAGCGACUGGAUCCUGCACAAGGAACUGGAGAAGUGCCGGGGCGUCUUCCCCGAGAACUUCACCGCGAGGGUGCAGUGAGAGCAGAGCGCCUGGCGGUGCUGCGGACGCGUGAACGGCAGCACCUUUUCCCGAAAAAUGUGUGUUUCUUUUUUUUUUUUUUCCGUUUUUGUUUUUAAACUUUUGAAAAGCAAAGGGAAAUUGAGGGGAGAGA